AUGCCAGGACAGAAACCGGGAUGUCAGAAAAGAAAAAAAAGAAAACAAGAUGAAUUGUUUGUUCAAUCACUAAGAGGUUCUUUAGAUAAAUUUGUGACAAGAGCAAGUGCUAAUGAAAAUUCAGAAUCUGGUGGUGCUAAUGAAAAUUCAGAAUCUGGUGGUGGUGGUAUAAAUAAUCCCGAUGAUAGUAGUCACUUGAGUGAGCAUGAUAAUGCAUCUAAUGUUGAAAGUUUAAAUGUUUGUGAAACCCCAAAUUCUCGUGUUGAUAUUUUUGAUCCAAGGUAUUGGGAAAACCUUGAUAAUAAAAUGAGAGAUGUGUUAGUUGAAAAAGGACCUCAAAGAGAAUUGAGUCUUGUGUUUCCUUUAGAUGCAAACAAGAGGCGUUUCUCAUAUAAUUAUUAUUCUAGGAAGUUGCGUAAUGGGGAAACUAGUGACAGAAAUUGGUUGGUUUAUUCCAAACAUGUGAACAAGGUUUAUUGCUUUUGUUGCAAAUUGUUUAAAUCUAGAAAUUGUUCAAAUAUGCUUGCUUUAGCUAAUGAUGGUUAUAAUGACUGGAAGCAUCUUAGUGAGAGACUUAAAGAUCAUGAGAAAAGUGUAGAGCAUAUGAAUAACAUGAAAACUUGGAAAGAGCUGAAAGUUAGAUUUAAGAAGAAUCUCACAAUUGAUAAACCACUACAAAAAGAAAUUGCUAAAGAGAAAGAACGUUGGAGGUUUGUCUUAGCUAGAAUAAUUGCUGUUGUAAAGUUUCUUGCUAAAAUAAAUCUAGCUUUUCGUGGAAAAAAUGAAAAACUUUACCAAGAUAACAAUGGUAAUUUCUUAGGUGCUAUUGAAAUGAUUGCAGAAUUUGAUUUGAUAAUCCAAGAUCAUAUUAGACGCAUUCAUAAUCAUGAAAUUCAUUGUCAUUAA